CGGCUCCCCUCGGUGCGGCCCCGCCGCUCCGGCCCCGUCAGCCCCACGCCCAUGGCGGGACACGGCUCGGCUCGCCACAGCAAAGGUCUGUUCUCAAACAUCUGGCUGUGGCGAGCUGUCGCUGCAGUCCUUACUGUUGCUGUCGUUUUGAUUUCAUGUAUUCAGUUUGAUCCUUCUGUGGCCAAAGACCUCCCUGUGUGCCCUCCCCUGGAGCUGUGUCCAUCAGGCUGGCUGUACUUCCAGAGGAAGUGUUACUACCUCUCAGAGAGUGAGGCUGCCUGGAACUCCAGCCAGAGCCACUGCUCUUCCCACAACGCUUCCCUCCUGGUCAUCGAAAAUCAUCAGGAGCUGAGCUUUAUGAUGAAGAUAACAAAGCAAGACCCAUGGAUUGGACUCUCUAAAACAAAUGAAGAGUUCUUUUGGGUAAAUGGAAAAGCAUUAGACAAUGAACUGUUUGAAGUAAAAGGCUCUGGAAGCUGUGCCUAUCUGGAGUCCAAAGGAGUCUCAGCCUCAGGAUGUUAUUUAACCAGGAAAUGGGUCUGUAGCUUGGCUAUCAACUCAGCACAAUAAAGGUGGACAAAGCCACCACCCAUGACAUUCAGAGCUCUGAUAUGAUGCCUACACAGGCUCUGUCUGUACUUUGGGACCUGGGAAUGUGUCCCAGCUCCUACCUGUAGGUGAAUGACUUUUCUGGUAGCCAGAAUUCUCCAGCCAUGGAAGAAAGCUUUAAGAUACCAUUUUAAAGGCUCUCUUCAGCAUCUUGAGAAGUCAUUUCCUUGCCCCAUUUUUCCAGCUACUGCCCAGUUGUAGCUUUUUCUUGUUGUGUCAUUCAGUAUUUCUUCAUUUACUCUUCUCUUGUAGGAGCAUCUCCUUCUUUCCCUUUUGGGUGUGCAGCUGGAGGUUUUUGUUCUGCUUUUCCUUUUGCCAGGCUCUGUGUGCAGGGAUGGGUGGUGAAGUGGAUCUGUCUGGAGGGCUGCCAAUGGAUACAGGGCAAUGCAGAAGGGAACGCUGUUAUAUCAGACAGGAUCACAGCAAAUUCCUCUCUUUCCAUUUGAUGGGAUGCACCUUGCACUGUAUUCUGUGUUUUGUUAUGUUACUUUAAUUUUGUUAAAUCCUGGUGAUCAUGCUGUCAAGCUAACUUACGCAGCUGCACUGCACCUUAAGUUAUUCUCACAACACUUUGUUUAGUCAAAGAAAUGUCACAAUGGAUAAGAAUAUUUAUUUACCUGAGCAUCUGCACUGAUGAGGGGGAGAAGAGUUGGAAGAGUGACAGUGAAGCUGCAGGCAUUAAUGUGUGAAGGUAGAAAUAGUCCUCUGUGCAAGGAGGCAAAAUCAGGAGAAGGGAAUGAGAAAAUUAACAUCAAGGGAUGUUCCUCUGUGUUUUCCUCAUGCCCAGUGCCUGUCAUGGUGUGAGGCUUCAGAGCAAGGGGGACAUUUGCAGAUGGACAGUCAGUGUUUCCUUGUGUGGGUGGCAUUUUCAGCAGCAGCCUGCAGUGCUCUUGGAUUGCCUGAACAGAAUUAGGGCACAAUCCCUCUGAUUGGCUGAGUCCUGCUCAUGUCUAGCAGGUCAUCCAAAGAUUAAAAGUGUCAUUUGACCCAGAGGAAGCAAAUUUUCCUGGAAGGAAUAUGACUAUCAAGUUUCUAGAGAAGAAAGAAUGGGAAGUUCACGUUCAUUAUUUUCUGUAACAGAUGCACUUGACUGUAGCAGGAUCAUGCACAUGGAUACUGUCAGCAACUUGUGACUUUCAGAGGUUUAUUUAAAUAUAAUCACGAAUUUUGCUGGAUUACACUUUUCUUAAUUGCUUGUAUUCUUUAUAGGCAAAGUAA